AUGCGUUUCCGAGGCCUUGGGUUGUGCCUGGGUCUUCUCUUCAUCUCGGCCAAUGCGGACUUUGCUGACGACAGUGUGGAGGUGGAAGACUUCGGUGAAAACUCAGAGGAGAUGGAUGCUGAGGAGGCCACACCUAGCCCAGAGGUUUUUAAAUAUAAGACACCUCAACCUAUAGGAGAAGUAUACUUUACAGAAACAUUUGAUAGUGGAAAGUUGGCUGGGUGGGUCUUAUCAAAAGCAAAGAAAGAUGAUAUGGAUUCAGAGAUUUCUAUAUAUGAUGGAAGAUGGGAAAUAGAAGAGUUGAAAGAAAACCAGGUUCCUGGAGACCGGGGGCUCGUGCUGAAGUCCAGGGCGAAGCACCACGCGGUGGCGGCCGCCUUGGAGAGGCCUUUUGUCUUUGCAGACAAACCUUUGAUCGUUCAAUAUGAAGUGAAUUUUCAAGAAGGUAUUGAUUGUGGAGGUGCAUACAUUAAACUACUAGCAGACACUGACGAUUUGAUUCUGGAAAAUUUUUAUGAUAAAACAUCCUAUACCAUUAUGUUUGGACCAGAUAAAUGUGGAGAAGAUUAUAAACUUCAUUUUAUCUUCAGACAUAAACACCCCAAAACUGGAGUUUUUGAAGAAAAACAUGCCAAACCUCCAGAUGUAGAUCUUAAAGAGUUCUUUACAGACAGGAAGACUCAUCUUUAUACCCUUGUGUUGAGCCCAGACGACACAUUUGAAAUAUUAAUUGACCAAAAGGUAGUAAACAAAGGAAGCCUACUAGAAGAUGUGGUUCCUCCAGUUAACCCUCCCAGAGAGAUCGAUGACCCCAACGACAAAAAGCCCAGCGAGUGGGACGAUAGGGCGAAAAUCCCCGAUCCCUCGGCGGUCAAGCCGGACGACUGGGAUGAAAAUGAACCCGUGCAGAUAGAAGACUUAAGUGCUGUUAAGCCUGAAGGCUGGCUUGAUGAUGAACCAAAAUUCAUCCCGAAUCCGAACGCUGUGAAACCAGAUGACUGGAAUGAAGACCUGGACGGGGAGUGGGAGGCGCCUCGGAUGCCAAACCCAGCCUGUCACAUCGGAUGCGGUGAGUGGAAGCCGCCCAUGAUUGACAACCCGAAGUACAAGGGUGUGUGGAGGCCGCCGAUGGUCAGCAACCCCGACUACCAGGGAAUCUGGAGUCCUCAAAAAGUUCCCAAUCCCGAUUAUUUUGAAGAUGAUCAUCCAUUUCUUCUGACUUCUUUUCGAGCUCUUGGCUUAGAGCUUUGGUCGAUGACCCCUGACAUCUACUUUGAUAAUUUUAUCAUCUGUUCAGAAAAGGAAACAGCAGAUCACUGGGCCACAGAGGGCUGGGGAGUAAAACUAAUAGUAGCAAAUGCUAAUGAGCCUGGCGUGUUUACACAGCUGAUGGUGGCUGCUAAAGAGCGCCCGUGGCUUUGGCUCAUUUACUUCGUAACAGCAGGGCUGCCAAUCGCACUGAUUACUUUGUUCUGUUGGCCAAGGAAAGUAAAGAAAAAAUACGAAGUUGCAGCGUCUAUGAAAACAGAUCUCUGUAAGCCACAGACAAAGGGAGCUCUUGAGCAGGAAGUGCACGAAGAGAAGGCCGCCCCAGAGCAACCUGCAGACUUGGAGGAGGAAAAAAAGCAAAGUGAUGGUGAAGUUCCUGAAAAAGAGGAGGAAGGUGAACCUGAGGAAAGGAGUCAGGAAGAAAUUGAAAUCAUAGAAGGGCAAGAAGAAGGGAAUAAGUCCAAUAAGUCCGGAUCAGAGGAUGAGAUGAAAGAAGCAGACGAGAGCACGGGCUCUGGGGACGGACCGGUGAAGUCGCUGCGCAAGCGGAGGGUGCGCAAGGACUGAGCGCUGCUCUUGAGCUCGAGUCAUCCCGGGGAGAGGUCCCGACUCUAGAGGGAGUGUGCCACACCCUGUCCACCUGCCCCAGCUUCCAACAG